AUGACAACUUCUACUAAAUUAGAAAAGGCUUUGGAAGAUCUAGAAAAAAAUCCUUACUACGACAAAUAUGCUGAGAGAAUUGCUGCCUUACAAAAAACUUCACCAGAAGAGUUCCUUAAAAGAGUACAAGAUCAACAAAAAAACAAGGAAAAAGAAAUGAAAAAGAAAUUUGCACCAGUUGAUACUAGGCAAUUUUCAUCAGCCCUGAACCCUAAACAAACACUUGGGGAAAAUAUGUCUGCAGAAGAUAAAAAAUUAAAUGACAUAUUUAAAUUGGAACUUGUAGCUGAUAAAGAUGCAGAUGAAAUUCAAGUUAUUUGGGAAGAAUAUUAUAAAAACAAAGAAGUUAUAUCUGCAACAAUACCCAAAGAUCUCUAUAACAUUAUCCAACACAAUAUGAAAAAAUAUCCUACUUUCUUGUUUCCACUACCAAGAUCAGAGGGAUAUGAAUUUAUCAUGUGUCAAAGUUUUGGGAACGCAGUUCAUUUUACACCUUUACUAGCUUUUCAGGUUCAUAAAGAAAAUGCACCAGAAUGUUUAACCAUGGUUCAUUAUACAGAACUAGCAGAAAAGGGGAUAGUUUUAAUGCGAGGAGAUUAUGAUAAGAAUGUUUUAAAUGGUAAAGAAGCACAGUGUUUGGCAAAUCAAUUUCAAAUGUUCUACAAUGGCAAAGAUCAAAAUAAAUUGCAGAUACUGGAAACAUUUACUAAAAGUCCAGAUUCAUUUAAACAUACAGACUUAAUAACAGAAUUAGAAAAUAUUGAAGUAGUU